UAAAUGUGGGUUAAUUUCCUGGAAAUAAACUGUUAACUGUCUCCCCGAAUAAAUAAUAGAAAUUAUGUUGUAGCCAAAACUAUGUAUUUAUUCAUUGUCAAUGUAUAUAUGUUAUUUGUGUUGCACGUAUUGUAUAUAAACUAUGAAAACAUCAGUUUGUGUCCGAUGUUAAUAUGCAUUUGUAGCUGAAACGCACAAUUAGCGUGUAACGUUGGAGUGUGAGGACGUAGUAGCUGCCAGUAAUUUUAUUAUUUCUGUUGUGCAAUGGAGAGUUUAUAAUGCAUUCGAAUGAGCAAUGAAAAUACAAGUUAAUAAUGUAUGUUGUAUAUCAUGAAACACGUUCGUUGCUUACAACGGCGUGUGUGUAAUUGGAAUUCAUUCGGUUGUACCGCAUCACAGUCGAGUAAGAGAAGAUAACGCAAGUAAAGGGGAUUGAGAUUUUCAUUUGAAAAAUGGCUAUUCAAGAACUUCCUAAGAAUGUGCAAUCAUUAAUACGCUCGAGUAUUUCGGUUCCAAGUGUAUCACAAGCUGUGAUUGAAUUGGUGCUGAAUUCUAUUGAUGCUGGGGCAACUUCUGUUGCUGUAUAUGUUGAUCUUAAAUAUUUUAAAAUUCGCGUGGAGGAUGAUGGAUGUGGAAUGACUCAAGAUCAGUUAGAGCUUAUUUGUGGGAGGUAUAUGACCAGCAAAUGCUAUUCAGUCGAAGAUCUUAAGGAUGGUUUACGUUUUUUUGGAUUUCGUGGAGAAGCUCUGGCUAGUAUCCGAGAUGCUUCUGGUGUCUUGUCAAUUAUCACAAAGCAUGCUACAAGCAAACAAGCAUAUUCCAAAAUGUUUGUGCGUGGAGUAUCAUUAAAAAUUUCACCAUGUACAUUAAAGAAUAUGGAUGCUGGGACAACAGUCAUAGUGCAGGAUUUUAUGUACAAUUUACCUGUUAGACAAAAGUGCACACAUGAUACAUUGGAUGUUGAGGAAAUUAAGCGUCAGAUUGAGUGCAUUGCUCUGAUGCAUCCACAGAUAUCAUUCAGCCUUCAUGACGAGUGCAAAGGAUGCACAAUCCUUCAAAAACAUCGAAGUGCUGAUCUUCAAAGUUGUUUUUCCCACUUGUUUGGUAUGACUGUUGGUCAGACCCUGGCACCUGUACAGUACAAAGCAGAUAACUUGACCAUACAUGGGUACAUUGGGAAAGAGUCCUCAAAGUAUAAAAACUUACAGUUUGUGUAUGUUAAUAAAAGAGUUGUGCUGAACACAAAAAUACAUCAAUUAGUGAAUAAUAUGUUAGCAAAGAGCUCUAUUUUAAGAGCCAAUGGGCCAUGGCGUUACAAGCCCAUACCAAAGGAAAUGAGUUCCAAAAGUCUACUGUCAAUGCCAAACCUUAAUCGACGGAAUAGAUUUGGUGUUUAUGUUCUUAAUUUGCAGUGUUCAUAUGCAGAAUAUGACAUAUGCUUUGAUCCUAAGAAAACAGUAAUUGAAUUCAGGAAUUGGAAGCACAUACUAAAUUGUUUUGAAGAAUGUAUGAGACAGUUUCUAGAGAAAGAAAAUUUGAUAGAUAGUUCUCUUGUUGAAGGAACAGAAGUUCCUGGAACCUCACCACUGACAUUUCUUGAGACCAUCGAAAAGGAAACUUUUCAAAACCAAUCCACAGAACCAAGCAGUGAUGAGGAGCCAUUUACACUCCACAUCAAACAUGCAUUUCAUGGGGGUACCAGCCAGAAGAGGUGGCAUUUUAAAAAGAUACUUCUGCUUAUUCAUGUACUAAGUUUCCUAAAGAAACAAGAAACUUCAUUUGCUGAAACUAGCACAACAUAUAAGCAGUUGAGUUGUGAUACACCAGUUUCUUCAACAGAUGUUUUCCUUACAUCAAAUACAAUGGAUCGAAAGCUCUGUAAAAAUAGUGAAGUUCCCGCUUCAAUGUCUGUGCUAUCAGAAUCAGAUGCUGUGACUCCUUUUUCUUCUAAUGUUUCAGAUGUGUUUACUUUGCAGCAAAAGUCUUAUGGAAAUUUAGGCAUGGAUAAGCCUCAAAAGGAGUUUUAUCCUUUUUGUGGAAAGGAAAUUACUGUUUCUGAAGACAGUAGAAGUUUGGUAUCCUCAAGUAGUCUUAAAGAACAUCAGGAUAUGAGUUUUGAGAUGCAUAAUGACCAUCAGGAUAUGAGUUUUGCUAAUGUCCAGGUGUCUAAGAACAAUCAUGAAAGGAUGAAGGAAAGUGGAAAACAUAGUAGCUUUAUGAAUGCUGAAGAAUUUGUUCAAACCUGUAAUAAGGAAUUAUCACAAGAAUUACAUGAACAAGACCAAAUUUAUCCAUCAGUGCACAAGAGAAAUCAAUAUGAACACAUAAGUGCUGAGGAUCCAGCAUGCAAUUCCACUGCAUUUAACAAUGAAGGUUGUAAGAUCACACAAGAUAUACAACUUGCGCAUCUCAAAGAGGUAACAUUUGAAGAAUGCACACAGAAAAAAACACAUCAAAUAUCUGCAGCAGAAUCACUUAGCAUUAAUGAUAUAUUUUGUGUUACAGAAGGGGACUUUGCAACUAAAGACUUCAUUAGAUCUCCUUAUUUUACAAAUGACAAAGGAUUUUCUGAUAAUGAAAUGAAAGUAGCAAGUCCAGACUCUGAUGUGAAUAAUUAUUCCACAUGUGAGGAAAAUCUGAUGGCAAAUGGUGUGUCUUGCCGCAAAGAGUGUGAUGCAGGUGGUCAUUUUAAUGAUUUUGUAAAAGUAAAUAGGAACAGGAAGAGAGUCAGCCGUGACGGACGUGAUGCGCCAAGUGAAAAACAGAGAUUACUUGAAAUGACAAAAGUAACUGAUGUGAUAAAUUCAAAUGUGUACUUUGAUCAGUCUUAUAAUGGGAAUUUACUAAAUGAAGACAGGGAAUCUGCUGGUGAAGAAGAAAAGAAAUUUUUUUGUCACUACUCACCACAGGAAGGAUUGAGUCACUCAGUAGUCAAUGAGAAAUUGAGAGAAACUGAGAUCCCACAAGAAGCUUAUAAUAGUCAAAUGACAAACAGUGAAGAACAAAGUGAAGACACUAGUAAAUCACCAUUUUGGCUCCAACUGUUUGAUUCUUCUGGAAGAGCCUUUUAUGUUCAUAGUGAAAGUGGGGUGACAUCAUAUAGUGCACCAGCAAUAGAAAAUAUUAACAUGAAAUACACGAUUGAAGGGCGAUACAGUUUCCUGCCAAAAGGCUUGUCACCAGGGAUCCAGAAAACAGUACUUCACAACAAGAGUGACUUGAAACCAGGGAUUCGGCAGGAGCUCCACAAAAUGCUACUGAACGAUGUCUCUUCUACAAAUGCAUCGGCUGAAGCUAAAUGGAGAAAUGCUGUUGGUUCGGAAAGUGCAGAGUCUAAAAAACUUGUGAAGAAACUAUUACUUGAUGCUGAAAGCCGGAUAAAGCACUCCAGAAAGCCCGAUGAAUCAUUGUAUGAAAAGAAACUUGCAAAGUUGUCGGCAAAAGUAUCGCAGAUAAUGUAUCCAACAGAAUACAAAAAAAAUAUAUUUUGUAAUAUGCAUGUUGUAGGACAAUGUGACAAAAAAUUUAUUAUCGUAUAUUGUAGUUUUGUGGAAGACAAAGUACCUCAUGUAAUAGGAGCUUUUGAUCAGCAUGCAGUACAUGAGAGGAUAAGACUGGAAACAUUAAUGAAAGAGUACAUGGAAGAAGAUAGAAAGCAUACAUUUAAAGCAACAGAAUUGAAAUCUGAAAUUGUGCUUCCUUUAAACAGCAAGGACUGUCGAAUUAUGAAAAACUUUGAAGAAGAGUUUAGGCGACUUGGCAUAUCUUAUGAGGUACUUAAUGAUAACUGUGUCAGUGUGAAGAAGGUGCCCACUUGUCUGUAUAACAGAGAAAUAAGAGAGAAUUCUAGAAAAUCUUCAUCAAUAGAACGAUUUCUUAAGUGUUUGAUCAGUGACCAUGUAGAAGUAUUGUUUGAGACACAUGGAACUUGCUUUGGAAUACCUGGUGUUCUACAAGAAAUAAUAAAUUAUGAAGCUUGCCGAGGUGCAAUCAAGUUUGGCGAAGAGUUGGCACUUGAGGAAUGUAAAACUUUAAUUAAAAAUCUUGCAAAGUGUGACCAGCCCUUCAUGUGUGCUCAUGGUCGCCCUACAUUUGGUGUUAUAUUUGACUUGGAGCAAAUUAACAAAACAGUCAAAGUAGCUGUUAAUAAACUUGGGUUAAAGACCUAGCGAGAGUCUUCAGUGCUGGAGAGAAAGUGUUUGAUUUGCUAUCAUGCUACUAUUGAGGUAAUUAGUUGUGUGAAUGAGACACAAAGAUAAUUUCCUACAGGAAUAGUUUUAUUAAGGAAUGUAACAUUUUUUAAUUAUGCAUUAUCUCAUGAAUGAGGUGAAGAGUAGCUGCUGUAUUAUUUCUGCCAAGAACUUACAAAAGUGAUCAGCAUAAAAACGUUUUUAAAAUAUUAUGCAAGUAAACUGCAGCAGACAGAAAUUGGCUUUGUGAAAGAGACUACAAUCCAUCUGCUGGCAGCACCUGCUACCUGCAAACGAAAAACAGUAAAGAAUGAGUACAUCAUACAGAAACAGUAAAGAAUGAGUUCAUCAUACAGAAACAGGAGAGAGAAAUAGAAGACUGUAAAGAUUUAUUAAUGGAAAGUACUUAGACCAUGAAGAAUUUACAAAAUGAGAAAGAGCGUGCUACAAAGUUCGUCAACUUGAGCAAAAUCCACACAUAUUUCCACAUGCAUAAUGAUCAGUUUUCCAACUGCGAUGUCAAACAUUGUAUACACUGCCACAUAUGGCAUCAUUUGUUUCAUGAAGAAAUCGUAUUUUACUGGGGUAUUGUUAUAAUAUGUGGUACCAAUCCUUAACAAUGAUACAAUUAUUUCUAUUUGAUUUUUAGCUGUUAUUAGCUAAACAUGUGAUAUGUGAAUUUAAAACAAAUUUAUGAGCUUCUUUCAUCUGCUCAUAUUCUGCUGAAGAAUCCAAGCCAGGAAUGCAGUGAUAGCUAAUGAACUUGAGUUAGUCAGCAAAGAAGAAGCUGACAGUUCAACUAUUGAUAGCAGACUAGCUAAGAGUAAUUCACCAUUCCAGUAUUUCACAGCUGGAAUAAUAUUUGUCAGUGAAAAAUAAAUCUCAACUAAAUAAGAAGAAAAGAAGGGUUAAUGAUUGGUUGGAUUACAACAGGUAAAUAAUAUGGAUAUUUCCAGAUGUAAAUAAUGUCAAUGAUGAUGACAUAGCAGCAAUGGUAGCAGGCUCAGAGGUAAAACUGAACAAAGUUGAUUGCCAGAUUUUUUGAACAACAGCUUCCUUCAUUUUCAAAAACAAUACCCACAGAUAGGAAUUCUCUGAUUGCCAGGCUUCAGAUCAAUAUUCAUAAUUAUUGUUUCCCCUCCUACUCUCUCCAGCACCUAUAUCUCCUCCUCCUCCUCCUCCUCCUCCAUGCUUAUUCCAUUUACCCUAGACUUGGCUCUAGCAAUUUAUACAUGAGAAACAGAUGGGUCUAAAAAAAUAACGGUCACAAAUUAAAGUUUCAUAUAUUUUUAGAUCUAAUAUGCCACAAAAGUUGCAGAAUGUCAGCUUUGUUACAUUAAUUUAAAGGAGAAUUUAUAAGCAAAUCUGAGUCAGAUGUAACAUUCUGCAGCUUUAAAAGAGCCUAUUUUUUUCCAAAGUACCUUUUAGAAGCGAUAAGUGAAAAAAAGUUUAUUGGUAUUUUUAAAGUAUUUAUUUACUAUAUUUCUUUGCAAAAUAUUAUGCCUGAAAUAAAUAUUCCAAGUUUUCAUUCUGUGAGUUUCUCUAAGUGCCUGCAAGAUAUUACAAUCAAUGUUCAUGA